AUGCGACAAGAGCUGCAAGCUCAGUUGAACUGGGGUUUUACCGGAUCCUUCGUGAAUAUCAACCACCACACACUUGAACUCAACAAAGUGGACACAGCUAUCUUGCAGAAGCACGGGAUCGAUAUCUCCAAUUCUUAUCAUGCUAUCGUUACCCCUAACCCUGAAAAGCCAGGGCACUUGGCGGGGACCCCUCGCAUCGAUGUUUUACAAAACUAUCACGCCAACUUGGUCUUGGAAAUAUUGGGGAACAUUGAAAGUUCUUGCACCAUACUGGAGGAUCCAAAACGAUUCGAAUCCGCCCAAGUCAACGUGAACGCCCUCAAGUUGAUGUACCGCCUGAACGACUUUUUCCUUGGUCUUCUUACUGCUUUAGACAAACACAACUUGAUUAAUGACAAAAUCAUCAGGAAAAUCUUGAAUGACCGAAACAAAGGGAGAUUGAUAUUCAAUUGGCUCUUCGGUGUCCACGCGGUUUACCCUCACAACAAGGUUUUGAGAAUGAGUUUGGACCCGUUGCUCAAAAAGGAAAUGUCAUCCUUUCAUCAACUUGUUCAGUUAAAAAAUGAAUUCAUGGCGCUCACAUCACCUCAGGCCGUUGAGGGAUUAACCGAACAGGCUAUCCAGGCACACAUACAUGAAGUUUUGAAAACUGUCAUUGGCCGGCUCUUCGCCGAGGUCGAUAAAGAAUCGCCAAAUGAAUUUAUAACACGAACCAAGCUUUCGUACAAUUUAAUACGCUUCAUGGUCCAACACCAUGUUCAACCAUCAGCCUUAUCCCAAGAAUACAUGAGAAAACUCCGUGGGCUAGCAGAUUUUCCCAAACUACAGGCGUUUGAGGCAUAUUUUAUGGAAUAUUCCAAUGUCCUCCAGCAGGCAUAUGUCAAGCUAGGUCAGGCCCUCCAAAGAUUGUCAGACUUCCGAUUACGCGAAAUAUAUCGCAUCUCACUGAGCGAAUCAAGAUAUCUGGUUAACAUGGACCGUUCGCGGCUGCCCUGGCUAAUUUCUACCGACGAAAACAAAGGCAAUCACAUGGAAACGCCUGCGUUGGAAUUGGAUCCAUCACUGUCAGCAAUAAUUAAACCACUAAAAUUGGAAAUUGAGCAAGUCUCAGCCGCAUUGGAAAUUACCGAGGAUUGGGGGGUAGAGGCACAAGCAAAUGGUCUAAGAGUUGCUGUUGGAGUGAAUUGGAUUAAAAAUAGAAUGUGAGAAAAAAAGACAAAUUAGGAUAAGAUAGGCCAUAAUAAUAUGUAAAUAGACAGAGAUAUAAUAUAUUUAGAUAGCCACACAUGGGCUCAGCUUGAUGAGCCCAAAUCAAUUUCUACCGUCAAUAUGCUUCAAGUGAUCAGCUGGAGAUUUAUUUUGAAAUUUUG